GGAGAGAGUGAGAACGAGAGAGAAAAGGAGAGAGAGAAGAAGAGGAAGAGAAGGGGAGAACGAGAGAUUUACCAGAUUCAAACUAGUGAUCUUUUUUUUCCCCGAUGCUUUCCAAUUGCUCAACAAAACUAAGCCCGGCAACGGACCGUGAGACGCGGGACGCACCGGGCAACGACAGGACCCAUCACCACAGGAGGAGGAUAUGUGAAGUUGGAAUCCCGCUAAACUAAUGCUGUGAAGUGGCUCUGUCCCUGGAGCUGAAACUUCAUCGCCGUGGUGUCAGCGAGGAUGCUGUGGGUUACCUUGCUGAGCACCAUAGCCUUAGGAUGGACCACACCAAUCCCACUGCUGGAGGACUCGGAGGAGAUCGACGAGCCCUGCUUUGAACCGUGCGACUGCGAGGUCAAGGAAGGCAUCUUCCAUGUCCAUUGUGACAGUAAAGGAUUUACAAAUGUCAGCCAGAUCUCUCAAAUUUGGAGCCGACCCUUCAAGCUCAACCUGCAGAGGAACUUAAUGAGGAAGCUCUACUUCAACACCUUCCUCCAUCUUAACAAUGCCAUAUCCAUCAAUCUGGGUAAUAACGCCUUGCAAGAUAUACAUGCUGGGGCAUUCAAUGGCUUGGGAAUACUUAAACGACUGUUUCUCCAUGAAAACAAACUAGAAGUUUUCCGAAACGACACAUUUCUGGGGUUGGAGAGUCUAGAAUAUCUCCAAGCAGAUUACAAUGUUAUUAAAAGGAUUGAAAGUGGUGCAUUCAGGCACCUUCACAAAUUAAGAGUACUUAUAUUAAAUGACAAUCUCAUACCCAUGCUGCCGAAUUACCUUUUUCGGUCUGUGUCUCUAACACAUUUGGACUUGAGAGGUAACAGACUAAAGACAUUGCAGUAUAAAGGCACACUGGAGUAUGUUGGCCGGAGCUUGAUGGAAAUCCAGCUGGAGGAAAACCCUUGGAACUGUGUGUGUGAGAUUGUCCAGUUAAAAACAUGGCUAGAGAGAAUCCCUUACACAGCUUUGGUGGGAGAGAUCACAUGUGAGACCCCAUUCCACCUACACGGAAAAGACCUGCGGGAAAUUAAACGCAGCGAACUCUGUCCUCUUCUCGCCGAUGCAGAGAUUGAGGCCAAGCUGGGAAUUCCUCGGGUGCCAUUCAGCAAUGAGAAUACUUGGCCUACUAAACCUUCCUCCAUGCUCUCCCCCUUUCACAACACAGCCUCCUCUGUGGAGUACAAGGACAGGCCUGCGAAGCCUACCAAAAAGCCUACCAGACGGCCCACAAAGAAUCCACCAACUCCUCGUAGCAUUUACCCAGGCCUCAACCAGCCCCCCAUUGCUGGCUACCAAACAAGACCACCCAUUCCAAUAAUCUGUCCAGCUAAUUGUAUUUGCAACCUUCACAUCAAUGACCUUGGGUUAACAGUAAACUGCAAAGACAAAGGCUUUCACAACAUUUCAGAGCUUCUGCCUCGACCCCUUAAUGCCAAGAAAUUGUAUCUUAGUGGGAACCUGAUACAGAAAAUCUAUCGUUCAGAUUUCUGGAACUUCUCAAGUUUGGAUUUACUACAUUUAGGGAACAACCAGAUAUCCUAUGUCCAGGAGGGUGCGUUUAUCAACUUGCCAAACUUAAAAAGUUUAUAUUUGAAUGGUAAUGACAUUGAGCGGCUCUCUCCUGGUAUGUUUCGUGGACUUCAGAUGUUGAGCUAUCUUUACUUUGAAUACAAUGUCAUCCGUGAGAUUCAGUCUCAUUCUUUCUCCCUAAUGCCCAAUCUGCAAUUGGUUUUCCUCAAUAAUAAUCUGUUGAGGUCAUUACCCAAUGAUGCCUUUGCUGGCACCAACCUUGCACGUCUUAAUCUUCGCAGAAAUCACUUUGUUUCCCUGCCAGUUCAUGGUGUCCUGGAGCAUCUGACUUCCAUCGUCCAGAUCGAUCUCCAUCAGAAUCCCUGGGAUUGCUCAUGUGAUAUCAUCCCUCUCAAACAAUGGCUGGAAAAGCUAUCCUCUGUCAUUGUGGUGGGGGAAGUCACCUGCAACACACCAGAGUAUGCUUUUGGAAAGGACCUGCGUUCGCUUGAGGUUGAGGUCAUCUGUCCUGAGCUGAAGUAUUCUUCACGUCCCUCUCCAGCUCUGCCUGGUGGGGAUGACCUCACCACAGGGAGCUCUGAAAUGGGGGAAUCAAGUAGGAGAGGGGCUGUUCCACUGUCAGUUCUCAUCCUCAGUUUGCUCAUCCUCUUCAUUUCAGCGGUGUUUGUUACUGCUGGGCUCUUUGCCUUUGUCCUCCGUCGCAGAAAGAAGCUACCUUUCCGCAAACGUUCUGAGGUGGACCUGACUGGGAUCCAGAUGCAAUGCAGGAUUUUUGAGGAUCCGCCAAGGCAAAGCUGUGCCGGAAACCCUGGCACGCCGGAGAAACCAACACCCAGUUUGCACACACAUUCGCACACUACUCACACACAUGGACAUGGCCACGUUUAUGAUUACAUCCCGCACCCUGUGACUCAAAUGUGUAACAACCCUAUCUAUAAGCCAAGAGAAGGAGAGAUUGCUGAGGAGGAGAUGGCACAGUUUGCAGAAAAGAAAGACAAUGGCAGCAGUAGCAACAGUAACUAUAGAACCUUGUUGGAGAAAGAGAGAGAGUGGACCUUGGCGGUCUCCAACUCUCAGCUCAACACUAUUGUUACGGUCAACCACACCACGGCGGACAUUUCAGGAUUUCAUGAGAAUGGAGGGCUCUGCCCCACAGUGAUUGACAGUCAGAGGCCCACGCCAACAGUGGGCUUUGUAGACUGUUUGUAUGGGACAGUGCCCAAAUUAAAGGACAUGCAUGUUGCACAUGCACAUCCACCAGGCAUGCAGUACCCAGAUUUACAGCAGGACGCACGGCUGAAGGAGACAUUGCUUUUCACAGCCGGGAAAGGCUGCUACCCUGAUCCCUCCCAAAGUGAUUACCUCGAGUUAAGGGCCAAACUUCAAACCAAGCCAGAUUACCUCGAAGUCUUGGAAAAAUCCUACCGUUUUUAAUAACUUUGUAGCCCGGUAGAAAAGAACAACAAAAAACCAACAUGAUUUUGUCAUUUUCACUAUGCCACCUUACAGACAAAAUUACUUAGACCAAUCUUAAAGCAAAAUUUGAAAAAACAGCAUGAAUUGAAAUAAAUAUGUAUAAUUAUACAGUCACAAUGCCCCCACUCCCACUUAAAAUCACCUUCGAGGAGAGGUCAUUCUCAGAUGUUUCAAUUAAGUGCCUUUUUUUCAGAGUAGCCAGCAACGUCAACCGUUAUUUUUAUAAUAUAUAAAUAUCUCUAUAUGCCCUGAAGAAAGCAAAGGAGAAAAAAAUGGGGCUCUGGGAAAUAAAACACAGGAAUCAUGUUACAUCUGUCACUAAAAUCCAUUUGUAUGGAGCUAACAUGAUGUGCUACUAGUUACCAUGAGGACAAACGGGAGCUGGACGUCUCCCUUACUUUUUUGUUUUUCUUUUUUUCCUCUCUCUUAUUACUCAACUAGGAUGUACAAACACCUGGAAUCUGUGCACAUGUUUUUCUUUGUAGGACAUUAUCAAAAGAGUUUAAAAAAAAUACUUACAUUCAAACUGAACUGCAGUUUGCUGCAUGCACUCGCUUCAGUGCAGGAAGUGAGAGGAUUUACUCAGAACUAUCAUGUCACUCUAUGAACAGAAAUACCGCAACACAUUUAUGGUUCAGUGUUCUAUUUAAUUUUUUAUAUCUUAUUAAUAUGGUUAUUACUAUAAAUGAAGACAUAUGUCUAUAUCAGGGUGCUUCUUGUAAAGAAAAGGAAGCGCCAAUACAGGGAUGGUAAAACAUUUGUGAAUAUUAUUACGAGACCAUACUGAAGGGUUUUCUGAAUAUUUCCACACUCUUUGUUAUGGCCCCACCCCUCUUCCCUUCUCAUUGCUUCUGGAGUUCCCAUUGCAAUCCACUAACAGCUUUGUAGUAAGCACUUUUAAUGUUUUCUCUUUCACAAAGAUUUGAAGAAAAAAAUGUGCAUAUAUUUAUUCUGUAAUUUCAGUGAAGAAUUUUAUUGUAAAGAUAAUGUUAAAUCAAUGUAUAGUGAUUAUGCGUCUGGUAUAGCCUUCUUAAUAAAAACAAACUCUUUAAUCUAAUUGAUGAAGGUGUCAAUACCAAUUCCAGUGGAACAUGUGUGGAGUGGAACAAGAGGGUGUGUAUCUGGUGUAGGAUGUGGUCAGCCAUUAGCUGUUACUAGACUCAAAAAGCAUGCUAGACCAAGAAGCAGUGCAAGGUAUGAUAAUACAAACUUGCUAGUAUUCAUAUAAUGGGAUUUGCAUCCACUGUAUCUAAACUACAUGGAAACCAUAAAUACAGGGUGCUGAUUUUUUUCCUUCUUUUUAAACAGAGGGACUCAUUUUCAUAUUUUAAUGUGCAUUUUGACUUUAUUUUGUCCAGUACAAUGCAGGAUUUAGCCACAUUUAAUCUAAAACCAAAGUAAAACACAACCCAGAAAAAGUAGAGUAAAUGCUGCUGCCUCUUGAAGAAGAUAUCUUAAAAAGUAAAAGGCAAAUCAGUGAGGAACGCCACACCUGUCACUCUCUGAACAUGUAUCACUGAUAUAUGCAAGUAAAAGGGUGAGUGAUAUCAUGAUUGGAAAAUACUUUUGUAAUUUAUACAUUUCAUAAUUUGGCUCUCUCAUCAAGUUGGCUAUGUGCUUUCACUCCACUGGAGGGCGAUAAAAGUGUUCUGCCAUUGCAGAACUGUCAUUAUAUAAGCUUGAUUGGGUUUAGCUGACAGGUACACACACACCCACGCAUGCACACCCCUACACGUGACUACAUCAUGAAGAUAUUAUCUUAUUAGCUUAUUAAAUCUACACUAUGAAUUGAAUAUGUAAUUUACUUUCAGCAAUCAUAAUUUUAUGUGAUUUUUAAUUGUAUACCACAGGCUCCUUUCUUAGCCUCCUCCAUUCUACAAACAAUGAAAAGGGAAUUUUAAACAAAGCCUUAGAGUUGUGUCAACUAUGGAUUAAUUUGCUAUAGAAGUCAAUAUUUUCAACCAAUAGACUCUUUUUUGUUUCUUAGUAACAUUUUUUGGGGAGACAUGUGAAGUAGUCCUGUCAAACUUGUAAGUACACCGAAUCUAAGAAGUUUACACAUCCAAGUUAAAAUGCUGGUGUUUGGUGAUGAAACCACUGAGACCAAUACAAAUUCUUUAAGAAUUUCUUUCCACCCUUAAUGUGACUUUUAACCUAUACAACCUGACAUUAUUACAGAACUCUGUUUAUUUUAAUGGGAAUGAAUAUCCAUAGCAAAUGUUUAUUUGGACAUAUUUGGUCGCUCAUUGCAAUGCUCUAGACUUGUUCGACUGUGAAGGCAUCUCUUCUGUUCAGCCUACUGUAACCACCCCAUAGAUUUCCAGUCAAAAUGAGGUCUAAGCUGUUGGUAGACUAUUUUGUGAAAAAAAAGUUAUUUGUUUCUGGAGAAGUCAUUAUUUUGUGGAUUUUGAGUUGGUGUGCUAAAAGCUGAAUUCAGUUUUCUAGCAGAAAACUGAAUUCAGAUGUGAAAACUUUGGUAGUUGGGAAUGUUCAUGGUAUCCUCCAUAUUGAUUAAGUCCCCAUAUCCGGCUUCAGAAAAUCAGUCCUACAGUAUGAUGUUGACACCACCGUCCCUCAAUUUAUGUAUCAUGUUCUUUUGGUGAUGUGUAAUGUUGUUUUGGCCCCAAGCAGACAUUUUGGGAUUAUGGUUCUAAAGCUCAACACUGGUUUGAUAAGACCAUAACACAUUUUCCCAUGUAUUUUUAACAGAUUAGGCUAGAAGGCUUUUAUUUACAUGAAAAUGCUUAAAUCUUUGUCUAUCUUACCAUUGUACCCCAGGCCCAGAUAUAUGAAGGUUACUAUCAGUACUUGUCAGAAGUUUAUGCAACUCCUCUUGGCAGCCUCCCUGGCCAGUUUUCAUUGUAAUAGCAUCACCUUUGAAGGAAAAUCUAGUUCUUGUUAAUGACAAUGUUGGUAGAUAUUUUCUACACAUGAUGUGUAGUAUACAUAAUGCCUUAUAAAGUAUUUUGUGCACUUUCCCUAAUUGGCACCUUUUGACAAAAAGAUCCCUCUGAUGCCUUUGAAACUCUGCAGAUCAUUGUGUUUGCUCUGAGAUGCAGCACAGAAAAUGUUGGGAAAAGCAUACUAGGAUGACUGAAGUUAUGUCAUGGUUAAUAAGAGGCACUCUAAACAGUGACAGGUGUGUACUGAUACCUAUUUAAGAUGAGGUUGUACAGGGUGACCAGCCAGAUCCCCACAUAUGAGAGGUUGCCCACACUUUCAAUUGAGUUGCAUGUGAAAUAGGUUACAUGCAAGCUUUAAAAUGUUCUCAAAUGAUUGAUCUGGGUCUCAGUUGUUUUGGAUCAGAAAAACAGAACAGGUAUUUUACACUAAGGUAUACAGACACCUUCACUGUGUGUAAAUUGGGAGAUUGAUUCAGAUUUUGUUUAAUCCCUUUGCUUUGAUUUCAAUGAAUUAAGUAAGUGAUGCUUAGUUGGAAUACAGUGUUAUAUUCCCUAAUAUACGUAUGUCAACAUAACACAAACUAAAAUGUAGCAAACCAAAUUUUAUUUUCUAAAACAUGUUGAGGUAUUGUUGAUGGGUCAUCUCCGGUAUCGGUUGUCAGUGAUUCAGUCUACAAGCUUGCAUUAAAUUGAGCAUUUUAUCUCA